AUGUCGCUGAAAAUUGGUGUGGACGAGUUGCAUGGCGCAAACAGAAUCCAAUCAGCUGCAACCAGUUCUUUAUCGUUGUCAGUAUCUGUGUCUUCCGAAACCAUUGUUUCUUCUACAGAUUUCCUCAUCGUCGGAAAUGUGCCUGAAUUUUUCUCACUUUUCUCCAAGAUCUUGUUUCCGCAGACAGUCAUGAUCGAAUGGCAAGCCACUGAGAUCUUGGCCGGUUGCCUAUUCACAGCUUUAUUUCUAGCACUAGUCCUAAUUGCUACGCAGUGCUUAGCAUCAUGUUUUGAUAAUUGGAGAAGCCAUCGACGAAAAUCUGACCCGGAGCGACUUCCUGAAGACUAUAUCGAUGAAAUACGCAGGUUGUUGGAUAGGCACAAAAGGAUCAUGAACGAGUACGAUUUUCCCGAGGGGAGCCGAGAUGAUGCGGAAACACUGAAGGCCGAUAGUGUUCAACCCAUAACAGAGUCUGAAAUUGGAUCACCUGUGAAAAUGCGAUCACGGACUAAUUCUCUAAAGCUUCAGCAGUUGAAGGCAAAACUCGAGGAAUAUCGGAUUUGUGCGGACGAUUUGCCAAAACCUUCACAAGAAAAAUGUGAAGCAAAGCGACGAUCAUGGGGUGGAUUGAAUAAUCCAGCUGUUAUUCCGGUUGAAUUACCCAACUCGCUCGACGCUGGCGUUCAAACUACCAGUACGCUGGAUCGCAAGCGGAUGACCCACAAGAUUGAGACGACCGUGUGACUUCGCUGAUCUAUAUUGUGUUGUGUGUCCUGCUAAAUCUCACAUUACAUGUACGCUCACUAGGAAGACAUUGAAGCAUAACGACCCUACUCUUCUCGAUGUUACUGACCGUUGGGAUGCUCUUUGAAAGUACAUUUUUACAGUAACGCGUACCUCAAGGCUCCAUAAUCGAUCUCAUGUCUGUACAGUGUUGAUUUUGUUUGUCGGAUGUUGUAUAUCUUGACGCAUGAAUGUACUUACUCUUCGC